AAAGAACCAGAUUUCUUGAACGGAAUUUAUGUACAUUACAUAUUUUCACAUUUUUUUUUACUUUUUUUAUUUUUUUGACUAUAUUAAUGUCAAGAUGUCAUGUUUUUUUAAGUCGUUCAAUUUUCAAGGUAAAAACAAUAACAAGGCUAGAUGUUAAAUUGCCAUCGCAACGUGUUUGAUCGAUUGUGUAUAUGUAUAACCGUUGUUCCCACUGAAAUCACCAUAAAGAGUGUUCCAUCGAAUCAACGUGUGUAAACAGACCAAAUAAAAUGCCACCGAAAAAGAAGAAAGGAACCGCUGUUAUCGAUGGAGUGGAUACGUCGUCGAUGACACGUGAUCAGCUCGAGAAAUUUUCGCACAAUCUUAAGAACGAAGUGGAAAAGGAGCGUGAGGAACGAAACUACUUUCAAAAUGAACGUGACCAAUUGCGAACAUUUUGGGAAAUCACGAAAAAUCAAUUGGAAGACGCAAAAUUGGAGAUAUUGGCAAAACAGCGUCAAGUGGAGCAAGCUGAAGAGCAAGCCGAACUGGAUGUUAAACACAUUGCCCAGCAAAUGAAGCAUUUACAAUAUGAAAAUCAAAAUCGUAUUGCUGAAAUACGUGCUGAGAACAUGACACAAUUGAAAUUAGCACAAGAAGAUCAUGGAUUACAAGAAUUGGAACUUUUGAAUGACAAACGAGAACUGAGACGAUUGUUACGUGAAAAAGAUGAAAUGACGGAACUACAAAUACAGCAAUUGAAAAUGGAACAAAGUGAAGAAAUGAGCAAAGAGCGUGACCAUUUCCAGCAACAAAUUCGCAAAAUGAUCGAAUUGUAUGAGAAACGCUUGGAACAAUACAUAUGUUCGUCUGAAACAAAGCACAAAAUGGAAAUGGACGAAAUUGAUGAGCGAAAGAGUAAUCAAAUUAUGAAACUUAUUAAAGAGCACGAAGAGUCUUUGGCAGACAUUCGAAACUACUAUACAGACAUUGUUCAAAAUAAUCUAACGUUAAUUGGUAGUCUUAAGGAACAAAUGGAAGUAUUAAGUUCGCAAUUGGAAAAAAGUGAACAUCAACUGAAAAAGGUCACAGCGGAAAAUCGAAAGUUGGCCAAACAAGAUUCACAAAUUGAAUUGGCUGAUUUACGAAAGAAACUGGAACAUUUAAACAAAGACCGUUCAGCAUUGUCACGAAUACGUUUGCAGAGUGCUGCAUCAACGAAACAAUUGAACGCAACAAAAUGGGAGGUGGAAGCAUUACGUAUGAGAUGCGAUACCAUUACAACAGAACGAGAUGAAUUAAAAAAACGUUUCGGCGAAAUUAUGAUUGAAAUGCAACAAAAAACCGGACUUAAAAAUGUGCUGCUCGAACGAAAAUUGGCACAACUGAAAAAGGAAUAUGAACGCUUGGAAAUGGUUUUCGGUGAAGUACUGAAAGUCACCGGUCUUGAGCCACAGGAUUUAUGCACGAAAGUGGAAAAUUAUUUACGAAAGAAAAAUGAACGAAUCGAACAACUUGAAUAUGAGUUGGCACGCGUCGCUAAAUGUUAUAGCAAUUUACUUGAAUCGUACGAAAUGCAAUUAGAAAAAUCAGGCAUUUCGAAAGAAAGCCACGAAUUUCAUUCGAUCCGAUGUAUUGCACCGAUUCUAUUCAAAGUGGAUUCGAGAGAAAUUGCCGCACCGACACCGACUUCAUGAGUUUACAAGGGCGUAAGAAAUACGAGUAACCGAAAAUAAAUGUUCAAAUUUUUAAAUGAGUUCGGUCGACCGAGUCUGCCUGGGAACGCAUUUGCUUUAUAACGCACCCUAGUGUUCGGUGUCACA